AUGAAUGCAGCAUCAGACCAAAGUAGCCGCUCGCCAACGCUCGUUGCUAAUGACAGCCGCUUGCUAGCUAAAGUCAUGGCGCUGCUCAAACAAAGUUGCUGCGUCGCGGGUCGCUUCUCCACAAACCAUCUUUGGCUGAGUCCCAGAUGUGUCCCACAUGUUUAUACCAGCAGUCUGACAACUGCUGCCAAAUCCUCCCCAGUCAGAGCUGACAGAAAGAAGGAGCUGCUGAGCGAUGACGGACCUGAUCUGCAGGACUUUAUUUCGGGGGAACUGUCAGAGAAAACCAAGUGGGAAGAGUACAAAGGCAACCUGAAGAGACAGAAGGGAGAGAGGCUUCGGCUUCCUCCAUGGCUAAAGACGGAGAUCCCCAUUGGAAAGAACUUCAACAGGCUGAAGAAUACGCUAAGAGACCUCAACCUGCACACGGUGUGUGAGGAGGCCAGAUGCCCAAACAUCGGUGAAUGUUGGGGAGGAGGAGAGUACGCCACAGCAACAGCCACCAUCAUGCUGAUGGGAGAUACAUGCACCCGUGGGUGCAGGUUCUGCUCAAUAAAGACGGCCCGUAAGCCCCCGCCACUGGACCCAGACGAACCGUACAACACAGCCAAGGCCAUCGCUGCCUGGGGGCUGGACUACGUGGUUCUCACCUCAGUCGACAGAGAUGACAUUGCUGAUGGAGGAGCAGAGCACUUUGCAAAGACCGUCUCUAAUCUGAAGGAAAGAAACCAUCAGAUCCUGGUUGAAUGUCUGACCCCAGAUUUCCGUGGUGACCUGGCAGCAGUGGAGAAGAUCGCCCUGUCAGGGUUAGAUGUGUACGCCCACAAUGUGGAGACAGUGCGUGAGCUGCAAAGGUACGUACGUGACCCCAGAGCAAACAUUGAUCAGUCUCUGAGUGUCCUGAAACACGCCAAGAAGGUCAACCCCACUGUGCUCACCAAGACCUCCAUCAUGCUGGGACUGGGGGAGUCUGAUGAACAGAUAAUGAACACUCUGACCGAGCUGCGAGAGGCCAGAGUGGACUGUCUAACACUUGGGCAGUACAUGCAGCCCACUAAACGCCACCUAAAGGUGGAGGAAUACGUCACACCGGAGAAAUUUGCUCACUGGGAGAAAGUUGGGAAUGACAUGGGGUUCGUCUACACAGCCAGCGGGCCACUGGUGCGAUCCUCCUACAAAGCAGGCGAGUUCUUCCUGAAGAAUCUACUGAAGAAGAGAAAAGCAGAAGUCACUAUAGCAGAAUGAGAAGCUUGUGGAAGCUGCUCAGCGUCUGUUUUCCCCCUCGUCCCUACCUGCAGCUCCACAUCGUAACUGUGACAAAAUAUGACUCAGUACCACAAUACACUGUUUUAAGCUUUAGCACAAAAUUUUUUUGUAAAAUAACGAGUAUAGGAAGUUGUGCAGUUUAAAAAAAGAAAGGUGGGUGGUGUUAGAUAAAUGUGCAGAAGUGACACUAACGUGACUUAUGUUGGACCAUUCUGUCACUUCUGUUUCUGUGACAACCCAGAGGUCUGCACUUCAACAUCAAAGAGAACAAACGGCAGUAAGACGCCCACAGAUAUGUAGCGCGUAGACUGCGUCCUUCCAGGAGAAAACACAACCUGGUUUGAGUCAAGGCUGUAAUUUGACUUCUCUGCUCUUCAGGGGGCCCUAAAUCACAUCCACCAUCCGCACUCCCCUUACCGGACAUCAGGUGGAAAGCCGCUGACCUUUAACAGCAAGCUCUGUUUCUGAGCGCUUUGAUGUCUUGCUGCUUCAGGAUGGAUGAUUUAAUGAAGCAGGAGAUGUUUUUGAUUCGAGUCUUGCAGCGACUCAGGGGUGAAAUUAUGUGAUACCAAACAAGAACCCUCCCUUUGAAAUAUUUUGUAUUAUGUUAGAAAAAGUACAAGUCGAACCCAGAAUGGCCUUUCAUCAGGCACAUGAGUAUUAAAAGAGGCAUUUUACUUUUAAAUACUUCUGUUUCUGCAGAAAAGUCACAAUGGGGAAACUGUAGCUUUUCUAGUGUAAUGUAGUUGAAAUUUAACACCUGGACAUUAUAUUUGUUGGUUUUACACACUCGUCAGUUAACAAAUCUGUAAAGUGCACAUUUGUAUUUAAAGUAUUAAAAGUCUUCAGUCCAC